GUGGAGCUGGCUUUACAUCAGCGGAAUGGGGAAGGAGGUAGGAAAUGAAUGAGAAUCGUUAAGAUUCGAUGCGAUGGGCAGGUAGGGAGAACAGGAGAGGAAGAGGUCCUAACACAGAUACUGGACCGACAGGAACAAGAACACCCUGAAUGUCCUGGAUGGUGGGGCUAGUGGACAUGGGGAAAUGAGAGGCUGGGCAGGGCUGGAGGGUGGGGAAAAGAUAGGAGAGAGGAAGCAGAAUCCAGAGCAGCGAGGACGGGGCCGGGUAACGAGAAGGGCUGAGGCUACGCUUUUCUGAGCUCACAGUAUCUCCUCCCUUCACGUCUCCCGGGGCUGAGCCUCCGCGGCUGCCCGCCCCUAAUCUUCAGGCGGAGGCUUCUGCAAAACCCAGCCGUGAGCUCUGCCUAAGGAAAAGGGUCCUCGCCACCGCACCUUUCCGCUUGGCCGGCCACAUCCCCUAAACCGCUCCUCUGACCUAGGCCUGUGACCAAUUCUGCCGAGUAGGAUGAACUGGACUGCUGCCACGUGCUGGGCUCUGCUCUUGGCCGCCGCCUUCCUCUGUGACAGCUGUUCUGCCAAGGGCGGCCGGGGAGGCGCUCGAGGCAGCGCCCGGGGGGUGCGCGGAGGCGCGCGCGGGACCUCCAGAGUGCGCGUGAGGCCGGCGCCCCGCUACGGCUCCUCUGUGCGUGUGGCGGCUGCAGGGGCAGCAGCAGGGGCUGCAGCGGGUGUGGCUGCCGGCCUUGCCACCGGCUCUGGCUGGAGGAGGACCUCCGGGCCAGGAGAGCUAGGCCUGGAAGACGACGAGAACGGGGCAACGGGAGGCAAUGGGACGGACCGAGGAGUCUACAGCUACUGGGCCUGGACUUCCGGCUCCAGGUCCACUCACAGUCCACAUGUUUGCCUGCUUUUGGGCGGCACCCUUGGAGCCCUAGAACUGCUUCGGCCCUAGACCAGGCUAAGCUCCAUGCCAGGUCUAGCUCCAGGUCUUCAGACUUCUGGGGCCCACCCCAAUGGUCUCCAGCAUAGAGGGUAACUUUCUUUUGCUAUGAUUCCCUGGCCUAGAGGCGUUCUGGACCCAAAAGGCCUCUUGCAAUUUGUGGACACUGUCUACUCUCUUGUCCAUCCCAGUCUCCCAGUCUUCUACUCUGGCAGGAACUAACAGCUCUACUGCCAGAGAGGCAGGUUGCCCUUGACUCUCCAGAGCUGCCCAAGAGGAAGUACUUGGCCCUUCCUGUCUGCUUGCCCACCCUGACACAAGAACAUGAACAAUGCUGACACCAGGAAGACACCCAUCCUCAGGUGGGCCUGAUUCUAACACUAAAGCCCAAAAGACCUGGGGCCUCCCAUGGAAGCAGAGGGAAUGCACCGAUUCCCUCUGGACUUAACAAUUGGCUGAAGAGAGCAUUCACUUGGAAUGCAAUGUGAAAAAUGUCAGGUGCUAACCACCUGCCCUGAGCAGGUCCUAACAAUGCCACAGCUCAGGAACAUCCAGAGCAGAAAAAUAUCCGUCCCAGGACACCCACCGUGGUCCUCCUAGAACAUGCUACCAAGGACAAGGUAGUAUGUUUCUUCCUGGCAGACUGCCCAAGAGACCUUCUGUCAGAAGAGUUCUUCUCCACUUGGAGCCACUUGGCCAUAAGGACCACUUAACUGUUCCUAAAGUGCACUGCCACUAGGGGUUCCACAUUCACAAACAUUCCAUUCCCUUCAAACUUUAGGUUCACAAGUGAGGCUCACUUGGGUACAAUACCAAUCCCGAUGGGAGCCUUCUUUGUGUAUAACCUG